CAUUGACCUUAAUUGUUGUACUCUUGGCCAACAAGUAUAUGCGUUAUUAAUCGUCUUAGUACUAGUUUAAUUUCACUAUAUAUUUUUAUUCCGAACUUAUAUUUUUUUAUCUCCAUUGCCUAUUACAUAGCUUUAUAAUGCCGGAUCGAGCUGAGAGAGAACAUGAGCCAUUUUCCAAUCCAUUGCCACCAUCUGAGAUUUCUAGAAAUGAGGAUCAUCCGAGUCAUCCGAUGACAAAUGAAGAUUUUCGUAAACUUUUGAUGACCCCAAGAGCACCUGCUCUAACUCCUGCUCCUGUUACUACAGAAGAAGUGAAAACUCAUGCUGCAACGAAGAAGCAGGAUAGUGAUUCUGAUGAUGAAAGUGGUACAGCUGAUGAAAGAGCUGAAAGAAGAAAGCGAAAGAAAAAGUAUUAUGCGUCUUUGAAUAAGCAGCAAGAAGAUAAGUUAGCAGAACUAUCACAGAAAUAUCGAGACAGGGCCAAAGAGCGAAGAGAUGGUGCAAACCCUGAUUAUCAAAAUGAAGAUCCAAUCACAUCAGCUGCUGGAUACCGUGCUGUUGCUCCUGAUGCAAAAUCGGGAUUGGAUGCUGCUGAAAGAAGGAGACAAAUGAUUCAAGAAUCUAAAUUUUUGGGUGGUGAUAUGGAGCAUACUCAUUUGGUGAAAGGUCUUGAUUAUGCUUUACUGCAAAAAGUUCGGAGUGAAAUUACUUAUAAGGAAAAAGAAGAUGAAGAACUGGAAAGCCAGAGAAUAAAACACAAGGAUAAAGAUGAAGAAGAAGAAAUCCAUUUCCGAACUAAAUUGGGUAAAAAUAUCUAUCGUCAAGUAUUUAGGCAUAGGUACUGUGAAAGGAGUGAACUUUUUCUUCCUAACAGAAUGGCUUACAUCAUUGAUUUAGAAGAUGAAUUUGCUGAAAGUGAUAUCCCAACAACAUUGUUGAGAAGCAAAGCUGAUUGCCCUAGUUUUGAAUCACAAACUACACUUACCACUAAUGAUAUAGUUAUUAAGAAACUCACUCAAAUCCUGUCAUAUUUAAGACAAGGCAUUCACAAUAAAAGAGGCAAGAGGAAAGACAAAGGAAAACUAAAAGAAGAAGAAAUAAAGCGUCCAAAACUUGCUGAUGAUAGUAUUUUUGGAGACAUUGGGGAUUAUGUACCAACUUUGGAAAAGAAAGAUAAAACUGAUAAAAACCCUUCAGAACCUGAAAAAAGGAAAUCUUACUUUGAAAAACCACGAACUGAUGAUGAAAGAAGGCGAGAAGAGAAGCAGCGUGAUGCUAAGAAUGAAUGGGAUAGUGUGCUCUCUGGAGAUUAUGAAAAUGCUGAUCACUCUAAAGAUAGACUUUUGAUGAGUGUGUUGAAAGGUGAUGACAGCAGGCUAAAGGCUAAGUUAACUAGCAAACUUGAAAGAGAUGUUCCUGAAAGUUACGCUGAAUGCUAUCCAGGAGCUCCUGAAAAUGAAGAUGCUGUUGCAGACAGUGAUGAUGAAGUUGAUUAUUCUAAGAUGGAUAUGGGUAACAAGAAAGGUCCUAUUGGCCGUUGGGAUUUCGAUACUGCUGAGGAAUACAGUGAUUACAUGAGCCACAAGGAAGCUUUACCAAAGGCUGCUUUUCAAUAUGGUGUCAAGAUGGCUGAUGGUAGGAAAACUCGUAGAACUGGAACUGGGAAACGAGAUGAGAAGACCAAGCUGGAUCGUGAACUUCAGAAAAUUAAUCAAAUCAUUGCUCGUAAAAAGGAUACUGGUUCUUUCUCAACUGGAGUGGGAACGCCUGAAUACAAGAGACCUCGUUAUUAAAAAGUUCCAGUAUCAUCUGGUAUAUAUGCCUAUUUCAAAUAUAUAUUCUCUUUGUAUUUACUCAUGUGUCAAUGCCUGUAUAUAUAUUAAUCUGAAAUAAAUUAAUGAUAUUAGUCUGA